AUGCCAUGCAACAAAAUGGAUGAUCUCGUCGGGGCCAGGAUCACCUCCUUGCCGGACGAUGCGUUCUACAUAGCGGACUUCAUAACGGCAGAGGAAGAGGAGAUUCUGCUGCAGAAGAUAACUACGGCCCCUCUCCCGCGAUGGACUCACCUCGCCCAUCGUCGUCUACAGACCUGGCCUUCAGCGCUCACCAAGUCCAACACGCUGCUCUCGGCGCCCCUUCCAUCGUGGCUCGUUUCACCCAUCAUCACCCCUCGCUUCGACUCGCUGGGGAUCUUUGCUGACGCUCCCCACCGCGCCCCCAACCAUGUCCUGGUGAACGAGUAUCUCCCGGGCCAGGGCAUCAUGCCGCAUGAGGAUGGAGCCGCUUAUUACCCGCUCGUGGCGACGGUGAGUCUGGGGGCUCCCAUUGUCCUGGAUCUAUACCCGAAGGGCCAACAGCGCGGCGGAGAGGGCGAGGAUGGUCAACGACCGCAGUAUCGCAUCCUGCAGGAGAGACGGAGUUUGUUGAUUACAAGGAAGAAGAUCUACACGGAAUUUCUGCACGGGAUUGCGGAGACGAGUAAGGAUGAAUGCCUGGAUGCGCACUCGGUCUGUAACUGGGAUCUGCUGCGGGAGCCAGACCGGUACCGAUGCGGGUGGGCGGAAAGAGAGACCCGGAUCAGUCUGACGUUUCGAGAUGUGCUCAAGGUCGCAAAUGUAGGGAAUACGAUGAAAUUCCUCGGGGGACGGUGACGCAUGCACGGCUCUUCUCUUUCUCUCUAGGGUGAAAAAUUAAUAAUACCUGGCAGCGAUUGUUG